AUUAGGUUGUGAACCAACCAUCCAUAUCAUGUUUAACACAGACUUUGGGAACUUUAUUGUUAGUACGUGGUACCUAACAUGCAGAUGCAGUGAUGGACUUUGCUUUUGUUUAUCUUAAUUUAUUUAUUUGUUUGUUUGUUUGUUUGGCGACUAGCAAUAGACUUCUUUCAGAUUUCUCCUCAGUUAUCAACAGUUUUAAGCUCAUCGUACAAGCUCUGGUUUGCUGCAAAGCCAAACCAGAGAAUUCCCAACAAUGGCUACCUUGGGCAGUCCACUUGGAGGGUUUUCUUGGAUUUGCGAGGGAGAACUUGAGUUGGGUUCUUCAUGCACUCAAAGAAGUAUCAUAGAUGUCAUAAAUCUGCUCUUUCUCUCUAUUUUCUAUCUUUUGUUACUUCUGCAGUACUCUACUAGAAAACACUACAACAGAGAGAACACUAGAAGGGACUGGGUCUCUGUAGCUGCUUCGGUAUGCUGUGCUAUAACCAGUAUUGCAUAUCUUGCUGCUGGUCUUUGGGAUCUAAUAUCCCAAAAUGGUGGAUUUGAUCAUGUCAACUGGUUGAUUUUCCUCGUUAAAGGACUCAUUUGGAUUUCUUUGACUCUGUCCUUGGUUGUUAAAAGAUCCAAAACCAUCAGAACUCUUGUAUCUCUUUGGUGGGUGUCCUUCUUCAUACUGGUUUCGGCUCUAAUUGUUGAAGUUCUAAUUAAAACACACAGCAUCAGCAUCUUAGAGCUCAUGCCUUGGGCUGUCAACUUUUUGCUUCUCAUCUGUGCUUUCAGAAACUUCAGUCACUUUGUGCCUCAACAAACCCUGGAUGAGAGUGUAUCUGAGCCUCUAUUAGUUGAUAAAUCCGUAAGACCUCGAACAGGGCUAUGUCAUGCUGGUUUUCUCAGCCAAUUGACAUUUUCUUGGAUUAAUUCUUUACUUGGCUUGGGUUACUCAAAAUCAUUGGCUCUUGAAGAUAUCCCUUCUCUGGCCAGUGAAGAUGAAGCCAAUGUUGCAUACGAGAAACUUGCCGAAGCAUGGGAAUUCUUGCGAAGAGAGAAGGGCUCAAGCAGUAGUAGGAACUUGGUUAUUCGGGCGGUAGCGAAAGUUUACUCAAAAGAAAUGGUAUUUGUAGGAAUUUGUGCACUUCUUAGGACAGCUGCUGUUGUAGUUUCUCCUUUAUUACUCUAUGCUUUUGUGAAUUAUUCAAAUAGUGUCGAGGAAACUUCAUACAAUGGUCUCUUUUUAGUGGGCUGCUUAGUAGUUGUCAAGGUGGUUGAAUCUUUAUCUCAGAGGCACAUGUUCUUUGAUUCGAGGAGGUCUGGAAUGAGGAUGCGAUCGGCUUUGAUGGUGGCAAUAUAUCGAAAGCAGCUCAAACUUUCUAGUUUGGGAAGAAGGCGGCAUUCGACUGGGGAGAUAGUGAACUAUAUCGCGAUUGAUGCUUACCGAAUGGGAGAAUUUCCUUGGUGGUUCCAUUCAACAUGGAGUCUAGCUGUGCAGCUCUUUCUGUCCAUUGGUGUCCUUUUUGGGGUUGUGGGUCUUGGCGCCAUUACAGGUUUAGUUCCUCUUCUCAUCUGCGGGCUUCUCAAUGUGCCAUUUGCAAAGAUAUUACAGCAGUGUCAAUCCCAAUUUAUGAUUGCUCAGGAUGAGCGGCUCAGGUCUACCUCUGAGAUUCUGAACAGCAUGAAGAUUAUCAAGUUACAGUCAUGGGAAGAAAAAUUCAAGAACUUGAUUGAAUCCCUCCGUGACAAGGAGUUUAAAUGGUUAGCUAGAGCCCAGUUUAAGAAGGCUUAUGGCACUCUACUCUAUUGGAGCUCUCCAACGAUAAUUUCUUCAGUCAUCUUCCUUGGAUGUGUCCUUUUUAAGAGUGCCCCAUUAAAUGCCAGCACCAUUUUCACCAUCCUCGCGACAUUACGGGGUAUGGGAGAGCCUGUCAGAAUGUUACCUGAGGCUCUUUCUAUUUUGAUACAAGUAAAGGUCUCGUUCGACCGUCUCAACACUUUUUUGCUUGAUGAUGAACUAAAAAAUGAGGGAACAGGGAUGAACCCCCUGCACAAUACGGGAGACUGUGUAAGAAUAAAAGCAGGAAAUUUCAUUUGGGAUCCAGAAUUAGCCAUUCCAACAUUGACAGAUUUGAAUCUUGACAUAAAAAGGGGGCAUAAAAUUGCAAUUUGCGGACCAGUUGGAGCCGGAAAAUCAUCACUCUUGUAUGCUGUACUUGGAGAAAUACCACUAGUUUCAGGAACAGUUGAUGUAUUUGGAUCCAUUGCAUAUGUUUCGCAAGUGUCCUGGAUCCAAAGUGGGACAGUUCGUGAUAACAUACUGAAUGGAAGAACAAUGGACGAGAACCGAUACUGGGAGACCAUAAAAGCUUGUGCUCUAGACAAGGACAUUAAUAGUUUCACCCAUGGUGAUCUCACAGAAAUCGGUCAACGUGGCCUUAACAUGAGUGGUGGACAGAAACAGAGGAUUCAACUUGCUCGAGCUGUCUACAAUGAUGCGGAUAUUUAUCUCCUUGAUGAUCCUUUCAGUGCAGUAGAUGCACAUACAGCUGCAACUCUCUUUAAUGACUGUGUCAUGGGUGCUCUAAAAGAGAAAACUGUCAUUCUUGUAACUCACCAAGUGGAGUUUCUUUCAGAAGUAGAUAAAAUUCUGGUCAUGGAGGGUGGAAAAGUUAGUCAAUCAGGAAGCUAUGAGGAACUAUUUAUGGCUGGAGCGGCAUUUGAACAGCUUGUGAAUGCUCAUAAAAAUGCAAUGACAGCAUUGGAACCUUCAACUAAUGAAAAGCAAAGUGAAUCUCUAAGGCUGAAAAAAGAUCGCCCAGAGGAGUUCAAUGGGUCUUACUCAUCUAAAGAAACUGCUGAAGGGGAGAUAUCUGUGAAGGGUCUGCCAGGGGUGCAACUAACUGAGGAAGAAGAAAUGGAGAUUGGUGAUGUUGGGUGGAAGCCAUUCUUUGAUUAUCUUUCAGUCUCCAAGGCAUCUCCUCUUCUAUGUUUAAGUAUACUUUCCCAGUGUGGCUUCGUUGCUCUCCAAGCAGUUUCAACUUACUGGCUAGCAGUAGCUAUUCGAAUUCCUAAAAUCAGCAAUGGCACGUUGAUUGGAGUAUACACUGGAAUUUCGACAUUCAGUGCCUUCUUUGUAUAUCUAAGGUCUUUUUUUGCUGCCCAUCUAGGAUUAAAAGCUUCUACAGCCUUUUUCUCAGCUUUCACCAAUGCAAUUUUUAAGGCCCCCAUGCUUUUCUUCGACUCAACCCCCGUUGGGCGGAUUUUCACUCGAGCUUCAUCGGAUUUAAGUGUGCUGGAUUUUGACAUACCCUUCUCCAUGAUAUUUGUUCUUGCUGCUGGCUUGGAGCUUUUGACAAGCAUCGGCAUAAUGGCGUCAAUCACAUGGCAAGUUCUUAUUGUAGCAAUUCUUGCCAUGUUAGGUACUAAAUACAUUCAGGGGUAUUACCUGGCAACUGCGAGGGAACUUAUUAGGAUUAAUGGAACAACAAAAGCUCCCGUCAUGAAUUAUGCAGCUGAAACUUCUCUUGGAGUGAUCACGAUAAGAGCUUUUAACAUGGUGGACAGGUUCUUCCAAAACUACCUAAACCUUGUUGACAUUGAUGCAAAACUUUUCUUCCAUUCCAAUGCAGCCAUGGAAUGGUUGGUUUUAAGAAUAGAAGCACUUCAAAAUCUGACCCUGUUCACUGCUGCUCUUCUCCUUGUAUUAUUGCCAAAGGGUAUUGUAGGUCCAGGAUUGGUGGGCCUUUCUCUUUCAUAUGCACUGGUAUUAACGGGUACCCAAGUGUUUGUGACUCGUUGGUAUUGCAACUUGUCGAAUUAUAUAAUUUCUGUUGAACGAAUAAAACAGUUUAUGCACAUACCAUCGGAGCCUCCAGCAAUUGUGGAGGACAACAGGCCACCAUCUUCAUGGCCCUCAAAGGGUAGAAUAGAGCUGCAGGAUCUGAAGGUAAAAUAUCGUCCGAAUGCCCCACUAGUUAUCAAGGGAAUCACAUGCACAUUCAAAGAGGGGACAAGAGUUGGAGUAGUUGGAAGAACAGGAAGCGGAAAAACAACACUGAUAACUGCUUUGUUCCGUUUAGUAGAGCCCGACAGUGGGAAAAUCCUAGUCGAUGGCCUUGACAUAUGCUCGAUUGGUCUGAAGGACUUGAGGAUGAAGCUCAGCAUCAUCCCUCAAGAGCCGACUCUUUUCAGGGGCAGUGUUCGAACUAACUUGGACCCUCUUGGCCUCUACUCUGAUGAUGAAAUAUGGAAGGCUCUAGAAAAAUGUCAGCUCAAGGCAACAAUCAGUAGUCUUCCAAACCGGCUAGACUCAUCAGUGAGUGACGAAGGCGAAAAUUGGAGUGCCGGGCAACGCCAGCUGUUCUGCCUUGGGAGAGUUCUUUUGAUGAGAAACAGAAUUUUGGUGCUGGAUGAAGCUACUGCUUCCAUUGAUUCUGCAACUGAUGCUGUGCUACAAAGCGUUAUCAGGGAAGAGUUCUCAGAAUGCACGGUGAUAACAGUAGCUCACAGAGUUCCAACUGUAAUAGACAGUGACAUGGUCAUGGUCCUCUCCUAUGGGAACCUGGUGGAGUAUGAUGAACCUUCAAAGCUGAUGGUGACCAACUCCUCAUUUUCGAAGCUGGUAGCUGAAUAUUGGGCCAGCUGCAGGAGGAACUCCUUCCAGGAUUUUAAAAACUAUUAGCAAUAGAUAUAUGAUGAUGGCACUGAGAAUAUGGAGUCGGUGAGGAAGCAACCACCACGUACACCUGCACACAAAGGGCAUCUUCAGUCUUCUAAGGUAAUAAUCACCUGUGAGUGGCACUAGCACCGGCACAUUCUUUCCGGUGUUCACAAGGUUGGAGUACUUAGCUUGCAGGUUUGGUUGCUUCAACUUGGAAUAUUGUAGAAUAGAUUAAUGAUCCAAAGAAGAAGCUGCCCUUUGCUCAUUAGUUCAUAUCAGAUAUAUUGAUGAUCAGCAUCAAGAGUUGCCUACUGUAAAAUUAUAUGCAGCAAUCCAAAUUCGGAUCCUAUUGGAAAUUUCAUGCCCAGCAAUGAGAAAGAGCGACCUCAAUGUGUGGUCUAAGUUAUUAUGAUAUAGAUUUGUGCCAAAUCUUGAACCAAAUAUAAUAAAAAUUGUAUUGAAUUUUGUCCAA